AUGCCCCUUCCUAGUCGCUCGGCGACGAACACCAAGACAUCCGAGGCGACGCGAGUCGACCUUGAAAAGGGCGAGGGCUCACAGAGCGCAUCGCCUAUCGACGAGAAGAAGCAGCAGGCAGAGAAAGCUGCCGAAGAGAUUGAUGACAACCCUGAGACUGCUCCUCAAGAGUGCACGCGCCAAGAGGCGCUAGAGGGGAGCUACCUCUAUCCCUUCGAAGCGGUGCUCACGGCGUUGGAGACUGACCCGGAGGCUGGCCUUCACUCCGGCGAGGUCAAGAAGAGGCAGACCGAGUAUGGCACCAACGAGCUCGAAGGCGGAGAAGGCGUCUCCAUCGUCCAGAUUCUCAUCCGUCAAGUGGCCAACGCCAUGACAUUCUGCCUUAUCUUGGCCAUGGCCGUCUCCUUUGGUAUCCGCACAUGGAUUGAAGGAGGCGUGCUGGCAGCAAUCAUUAUUAUGAACAUCACUAUUGGAGCAUGGCAGGAAUACUCUGCAGAGCAGACAAUGGACUCUCUACGCAACCUUGCAUCCCCUACGGCCAGGGUCAUUCGCGGCGGUUCCUCGGUUACCGUCAGUGCCAAUGAAGUCACGAUUGGCGACCUCGUCGAGCUCACCACAGGUGACACCGUUCCCGCCGAUCUGCGCCUCGUCGAAGCGAUGAACUUUGAGGCAGACGAAGCGCUGCUCACCGGCGAGAGCCUGCCAGUCUCCAAGAACGCCAAGCAGGCCUUUGGCAAAGCCGACAGCACUGAGCCCGUUGAAGUAGGCGUCGGCGACCGCACCAACAUGGCUUACUCGUCCUCCAAUGUCACAAAGGGCCGUGCCGUGGGUGUCGUCGUUGCCAUCGGUAUGAAGACGGAAGUUGGCAAGGUCGCUGCGGCUCUGCGUGGCUCCGCCAAGGGCAACAAGAUCCGUCAGGUCAAGCGCAACGCUCAUGGCAAGGCCGGGCCUCACCGCUACGCCCAGGCUGGCGCUCUCACUGUUUACGACCAGGUACGCAACUUUUUGGGACUCAGCAGCGGCACCCCCCUCCAGAUCAAGCUCUCCGCGCUCGCAGUCCUUCUACUCGGCCUUGCGAUCCUUUUCACCAUCAUCGUCUUCCUCGCCAACUUGAAUGCCGAGGUCAAUCCCUGGAGCAGUACCGAAGUAGCGAUCUACGCCGUUGCUACGGGUGUGUCCAUCAUUCCCGCCUCUCUCACAGCCGUCCUCAUCAUCUGCCUUAGCACCGGCUCUCGCGCAAUGGUGCAGCGCAACGUCGUUGUCCGCAAGCUCGAGUCGCUCGAGGCCCUUGGCGCCAUCACGGACAUUUGCUCCGACAAGACGGGCACGCUUACUCAAGGGCGAAUGAUCCUGCGUCAGGCCUGGGUGCCAGCGAGCGGGACCUAUGAGGUCGAGGAGACGAACGAAGCCUUCAACCCUACCCUUGGCGCUGUCAACAAGACGCAGGCUGAGCCCGCCAAGCGCGCCGCAGACAGCAAGGAGGAGAUGGAAAAGGUGACCGACGACUCGCACGGUCUCAGCAAGGUCUCGGACGACGAGAACUUCAUGUCCUUCCUCCGCGUUGCCUCGCUCUGCAACCUUGCUACGGUAUUCAAGGACAAGGAGACGAGCGAAUGGACGGCACACGGCGACCCGACGGAGUGCGCUAUCCAGACCUUCGCCUGUCGCUUUGGCCACUCGCGUCAGUCCCUGACCAAGGCACAGAAUGGCAAAGAGCCUAAGUGGACGCAGAUCUGUGAGAUGCCUUUCUCAUCCGACCUCAAACGUAUGGCCGUCACGUACCGCGAGGAAUCUACUGGCACAACGUACGGGCUGAUGAAGGGCGCCGUUGAGCGCAUUUUGGACUGCUGCACCCACGUACGCACAGCCGAGGGCGUAGUGGACAAGUCGGACUCUCUCGUCGAGCAGAUCCUCGCCAACAUGGAGAGCAUUGCCUCGCACGGUCUGCGUGUCCUCGCCCUCGCCUCUCGUGAGCUCACCAAAGACGAAGCCGCCAAAGGCGACGAGAUCGACCGCGAAGACGUCGAGGCCAACAUGACCUUACUCGGCCUCGUAGGUCUGUACGAUCCGCCGCGCCAAGAGUCGGCCGGCGCCGUCAAGCUCUGCCACGAAGCAGGCAUCACUGUGCACAUGCUCACGGGCGACCACCUGGCCACGGCCAAGGCCAUUGCCAAGCAGAUCGGAAUCGUGCCCAAGGACGAGGGCAUGCUCAGCAAGGCUCAGAGCGACGCGCUUGUCAUGACUGCCUCGCACUUUGACAAGCUCAGCGAACAGGAGAUCGACGAUCUCGCUGUCCUUCCUGCCGUCAUUGCGCGCUGCUCCCCGCAGACGAAGGUGAGAAUGAUUGAGGCCAUCCACCGAAGGGGCAGGCUCACCGCCAUGACCGGCGAUGGUGUCAACGACGCCCCCUCACUCAAGCUGGCCGAUAUUGGGAUUGCAAUGGGUCAAGCAGGAAGCGAUGUCGCCAAGGACGCCAGCGAUCUCACUCUCAGCGACGACAACUUUGCUAGUAUCACCAACGCCAUUCACGAAGGACGUAGGCUGGCGGACAACAUCGGUGCAUUCACCAAGCACCUUCUCGCACAAAACGUAGUGCAGGCAAUUGUUCUCCUGGUUGGCCUGGCAUUCAAAGACAGUCAGAGACUCUCAGUCUUCCCAUUGAGCUCGAUUGAAGUGCUCUUCGUCAUCGUCGUAACUUCAAGCUUGCCGGCAAUGGCUCUAGGCGUCCAGGGUGCCCGCGAGAACACAAUGCGUCGCCCUCCGGCCGAUCUCAAGCGUGGCAUCUUCACGAACGAGUUCCUCGUUGAUCUCUUCGUCUACGGAAUCUGGGGCGCGGUGCUCUGCUUGGCAACCUUCCUCUUGAGUCAGUACGGCUUCGGCGACGGUAGUCUUGGCGACAACUGCAACGCUGCAUACAACGCUAGCUGCGAGACGGUCUUCAGAUCACGCGCAGCGACUUUUGCUGUCCUGAUCAACGUGUCUCUCUUGCUAGCCUGGCAGCUUGUCGAUGACGAGCGCUCCUUCUUCAACCACGCCGACGAUGGAGGUCCGCUCCUUACUCGAUGGUGGCGAGGGUCGUGGGGUCGCAACCGUGCACUCUUCUUGAUCGUCGUCAUUGGAAUCGCGCUGGAGUUCCUCGUCCUCUACGUCCCCGGCCUCAACACAGUCGUCUUCUUGCACCUGGGUCUGACCUGGCAAUGGCCCAUCGUCAUUGUCGCCACGAUCCUCUUCUUCGCUGGGGCGGAAGCGUACAAGUGGGGCAAGAGGGUGGUAGGGCGAAGGAAGAACGACAAGCGCAUGAAGCGAAAGAACACGGUGCAAAGAGCUUUGGAAGCUGAUGACCAGGCAUGA